AUGGCACCUUUGGAGCCUGAUAAGGAAGGCUCGUCCCUGCUCCGGCAGUCGACUUUGACGCAUAUUCCUGGAGCCGCCUCGAUCAUUUCGUUUGACCAUCUCCGCGCGUCGACGCAAACGGACGUGCUCCUCGCUAUCAAACCCGUCCGCCUCGCCCACAUUGCCAGCCAGCAAAAGAACCACGAGUAUCGCAAAUACCGACUGCCCGACGAGGUCGUACGGCUGUGGUUCUACGAGACGCGCGACGGCACCGACGAGGGCCGCUCCUCCAUCACUACCCGAGAAACCCUCGGCAUCGGCGACGGCGACUUCAACGCCGGUCGCAAAGUGUCCAAAUACGGCUAUCCCGUCCUGGAGCUCUACGAGCUUGCGCGCCCUGUCGCGCUGGACGAGAUAAUACCGUCGCUGGUUGUCGGUAUCCGUAGGUCUAGGUAGAUGGUCCGCGUUUCCGCCUCGGUUUCUGGCCCCCCGGGGGCGACGACACGAUAUUGUGUCGCCUGACAACCCCUAUCGUCAAAGGCGAAGAUAAUUACUGUUAGUUGUCACGGCAGCGAUUUUGGAUGAUAUCUACUAUCGUGGGGGAAAACUAGGAGAUAGGCCGGAGGGCCAGCUACCCCAGCCCUUACCAAACUAGGCUUCGAGCUCCUACGAUUUCCC